GAUAGUUCCUAUAAAGUUCAGUUUGUUUAGAUCACUUUAUUGGAACAGAUCGUUACUAGACCUUUUUGCAAUGAUUGCAAUAUUUCUGUUGCUACUAUCGAUUACGGCUGUCCUUGGAAUUCCUGCUGCCGAUGAAACCGAAGCAUCCAACGCCGUCAGUUACACCCUACCAAGCCCCGGAGUAUGCGGGAACAGUCUUGCCGAUCGUAUCCUCGGAGGAAAUAAAACUGCCCUAAGCGCCUAUCCGUGGACUGCUUUACUGGUGGUCGAGCCACGGACCGGAGGGGCCGAAUCCUUCGGUUGCGGUGGCUCAUUGAUUUCCGAUCGUUUCGUGCUGACGGCUGCCCACUGCUUCCGGGAGCUUCCUGAUUGGGCUCACGUGGUACGUGUCAGACUAGGUGAGUGGGAUCUAGAAAGUGAUCCCGACUGUAAUGAAGGAAACGUUUGCAACGAUAAACCUCUGGACGUGAAUCUGGACAGCCAUGUUGUGCAUGAGGAUUACGACUCGAAGAAUUUACAUAACGACAUUGCGCUGAUAAAGUUGGCGAAAGAGGUUACAUUCACGGAGUACAUUUCACCGGUAUGCCUUCCUCUAACUGACGAGCUCCGGAGUCUACCAGAGCAAGGAAAAGUAUUCACCGUGAUUGGCUGGGGUACCACAGAACGUGGACAGGAGGUUCCUGGCGUAUACGGUAGUCGGUACAAACUAGAAGUUGACGUUCCGGGUGUGGGUUUGGAGACAUGCCGUGGACCGUACCCGAAGCUGUUGGACUCGGAGCUGUGCGCUGGUGGCGAGGCAGGCAAGGAUUCGUGCCAAGGUGACUCCGGUGGCUGUCUGGUGGCUCCGGAGAGUGAUGGCUAUUGGUACCAGUACGGUGUUGUGAGCUGGGGAUAUGGGUGUGGUACAGCAGGUGUUCCGGGAGUGUACGCUCGCGUUAGCAGUUUUACCGAUUGGAUCAAAGCGAAUAUGAAAUAGUUGACUAAAGCUUUAAGAAGUACUUUUAAAAUAAAUUAAAUCAAUUUAAUAAAAGAACAUGUUUUACUAAAUAGUUCAA